UUGCUAUCAAAAAACAAUUCUAAUGGCGCACCGCUCGCACUGCUCUCUGGCUCUGCCCUCGCCUCUCCUCUCCCAAAUCCAACCGAGAUACAGGCAAGAAAAGAGGAAGAGGAGAGAAGCUGCGUUGGUCGCCGAGGUGAUUCCUCUCGCGCGCAUUUGCCACCGAAGAGAUCCCGCCUCGCUCGUCCACGCCCCGCCACUUCCCCCGGUCUCCGGCGACGGGCACCGUCUGGGCUCCUUCCCGCUCGCGCUCUCGUCGCGUCAGCGGCGGCGGCGGCUUUGGUUCUUUUCGGGGGCGUUUUCUCCCCACGGCGGGCGGGCGCCGCCGCCACACAACUCCGGGAUCUCGAGGGGUAUGGUAUGGAGCCACGCUGAUCAUAGAGAAGGGAUACACUGGUGCCCAGCUCAUCAAUGCCAUCUUUGCGGUGCUUACCCACUCGCUAUAAGAAAGAGAAGGUAUGUUUCACAACCAUCAAAGGUUGAUGCUGGGUGGCAUCAUCCUGGCCAUCUUCAUGACAUGUAUUUAAUCGUCAUGACAUCGUCCUGGAAGGCCUCCGUCUCCGGCGCGCUCGCGCUCACCCUGCCCUUCUCCUGCUUUGUCGGUCUGGCCAAUGCCAAGGCCGGGGUCCACAAACCCGGAUUGCUCCCCAAGGAGUUCACCACCGUCAUCGAUGUCGCCGGGUUUCUCUCCUCAGGCCAGGAAAAUCGUAUACGUCAAGAGAUAGAAGACCUAGAGAAGGACAUUGGGUAUAAGCUGAGAGUUCUCACACAAAAUUACCCGGAUACACCAGGUUGCCACGCGGAUGCUCUUUGGACUACGAUAUGGACAUGAAGCCAUUUGUUUUAGUGCCAAAUAUUACUUACUAAUGCCCGUAAAGUAUCGUUGUGUAUUAUAUUUGCUAUGGAGCUAUGUAUGUAUGGAUGCUAUGGAACUAUAUGUAUAUAUGGAUGCUAUGG